GCUGGGAGUCAGUGUGGAGGAGCAGGAGCUGGCAGCAACGGAGUUCAGCGGCUCCCGCGUUCGUCCGACACUUAGCUAGGGCUGCUCCCCAAGCAGUGGUGGUGAUGAUGGCGGCGGCUGUAGAGAGAGGGGGCGUCCGUGCCGCUUUCCUGAACCCGAGUAGCGGUGGCGGUGGUGGACCAGCGCCGACGAGCCUCCCGACCGGAGCGUUGGCCGGGGCUGUGGUCCUAGGCUCGGGCUCCGGCAGCAUGCCUGUGCCCAUGAACCUUUUUGCGACCUGGGAGAUAGACCGAUCAUCUCCAAGCUGCGUCCCGAGGCUCUGCACCCUCACACUGAAAAAGCUGGUCGUCCUCAAAGAACUGGAUAAAGAGCUGAACUCUCUGUCCAUAGCUGUCAAAAUACAGGGUUCUAAGCGUCUUCUGAGAUCAAAUGAGUAUGUCCUCCCACCCAGUGGACUGAUGGAGACAGAUCUGGAGCUCACAUUCUCACUGCAGUACCCCCAUUUUCUGAAGCGGGAUGCCAAUAGGCUGCAGAUUAUGCUGCAGAGGAGGAAACGUUACAAGAACCGAACCAUCCUGGGCUACAAGACUUUGGCUGUGGGAGUUAUCAAUAUGGCAGAGGUGAUGCAACACCCAACAGACGGAGGACAGAUUCUGGGUCUCCAUAGCAACGUAAAGGAGGCGCCAGUGCGUGUGGCGGAGAUCAGCGUGUACUCUCUUUCCAGCCAGCCCAUCGACCACGAGGAUGGUAGCGGCCAGGCUGGCCGCAAGACCAAAACCUCAGACCGCUCCCCAGAUAUGGAUAACUAUUCUGAGGACGAUGACGACAGCUAUUCGUCAGAGCAAGAAGCCAGUGAUGACGCAGUUCACGGCCAGGAUCUUUACGAUGAAGACGACGAGGUCAGGAAGCCCAAGAAGGCCCGCAGGAAAAUGAUCCGAACCACUUCCAUGACUAGGCAACCUAACUUUAAGCAGAAAUUUGUGGCCUUGCUGAAGAGGUUCAAGGUGACCGAUGAGGUCCUGGACUCUGACCCAGUAGACCAGACACAGGAGGUUGAGGAGGAUCUGGACUUACUCUAUGACAGUCUAGAGGUGUAUAAUCAGAGUGACAGUGGGCCAGAGGUGGAGGACAAUGAGAGUGUCCUGAGCACUCCUAAGCCCAAACUCAAGCCGUUUUUUGAAGGGAUGUCUCACUCCAGCUCGCAGACAGAAAUUGGAAGCAUCCACAGCCAAAAAAGUCAGCAGAGAGAGAUGUCAUGCCCUAGUGGAGACUUUCUCACUGUGGACAGAUGUAAAGUACAAGGGGGGCGAUAUCAGGAUGACAGCGUCACAGACACAACCAUUGGGGAGCCAGAGACUGAUGACAGCGGGCCAGGGCCUGGGGAGGUGAGCAGCUGGGAUGUUAACAUUGAACGGGUGCCCUGCUCCGUUGGCAAGCUCUGCAAGACUGAGUCCCAAAACCACAUGUCUCCCAGUAAAGUGGAAAACAAGCUGCAGAGACGACCUCGCAGCACCUCCAUGAAAGACAGGCAGAAUUCCAAGGCCCAAAGCGACAGGACCAGCAGCAUGGAGUCUGAGUGCUCCCCAGACUCAAGACUCAUAGCCCAGGUUCCGAGGAAGUCCGUCUAUGACCAACUAAACCAGAUUCUCAUCUCUGACGAACGCUUACCAGAGAGCAUCAUUCUCAUCAACACUACAGAGUGGCAAGGACAGUAUGUAGCCGAGUUGCUCCAUGAACAGGGCCAGCCCAUUGUGUCAACCUGCUCUGCUGCAGAUGUUCAGGCUGCCUUCAACACCAUCGUUACUCGCAUCCAGAGAUUCUGUAACUGUAAUGCACAGACACCACCGACGAUGAAGGUGGCGGUGGCAGGCGACCAGAGUUACCUCAGCACCAUCCUGAGGUUUUUUGUGGAGCAGCUAGCCAACAAGACCCCUGACUGGCUGAGUUACAUACGCUUCCUGGUGAUCCCCAUUGGCUCUCAUCCCCUGGCAAAGCACGUGGCUUCUUUUGACAGCCGGUUCAACAGCAUCUUUAUGGACACUGCGUGGAGAGAGCUGUUCUGCAGGACAGAACGGCCCGCCUCAGAUAACAUAGAUGUAGCGGGACGAAUCAUUCAGUAUCUGGCCGGUGCCAACGUGUCCCAUCAGUUUCCCAUCUCAGAAGCCAUGCUCACCUACAAGCAGAAGAGGAAAAGAAGUUUGUAUUUUGAUUUUUACAUCAGCCCUGAUGAGGACUCCUGUCAGAAAUUUGUGCCAUUUAUUGGGGUAGUGAAAGUUGGGAUUGUGGAACAAAGCCUCUCAACCUCAGUGGACUCAGAUGAUGCCAUGGGAGGCAACACAAGCAUCUUGUCCUCCCCGACGCCUCCAUCGGCAGGUCCGUAUGGAAAGGAGAUCGGGGGCACGCCCCCACAGUCCCCCUCUGUGUCCACCACCCUGUCUGGAGCUGGCUCUCCAUGUUCGGGCAGUGAGGUGAUGGGGCUGCAAGUGGACUACUGGACAUGGCAAGGCCCAGAGAAGAAGAAAGAGGGCGAGAAGAGAGACAUAGGACUGAAGAACACCCUGAAGAGUAACUUCCGUUCACUACAAGUCAGCCGCCUUCCCUGCGGCGGAGAACUCACUCCUCCACCCAGCAUGGCUAUGACUGUUGUUACUAAGGAGAAGAACAAAAAAGUGAUUUUUCUCAGCAAGAAGCCGAAGGAAAAAGAGCUGGACUCUAAGAGCCAAGUGAUUGAUGGUAUCAGCAGGUUGAUCUGCACAGCCAAGCACCAGCACACGAUGCUGAGAGUAACUAUUGACGGAGUGGAGUGGAAUGACGUCAAGUUUUUCCAGCUCGCUGCCCAGUGGCCAACGCAUGUCAAGCACUUCCCGGUGGGAAUCUUCGGUUACACAAAGCCCGUGUGACCACAACCACCACCAGAAUCUCUCGGCUCUACCCGUCUCAGCGAGAGGCUGCAGAAAAUUCGAAGAAAAACCGACAUCCUCCUCGUUCCUCCCGGCAGUAAUAGUUUUCCUGUGGAAAUCUUACUGACUCACAGACUCACACGUUCAAGACAAAAUUUCAUGUUGAUGUUUUUGAUGUUGUUGGGUGUUGCUGUUGUUUUCUUUUUUUUUCUUUUUUUACACACUACAAAACAGAACAAGUACUAAUUUGUAAUAUUUGCGCUACCGCCUCGGAGGUAUUUUGAGGUUUUUUGACAAUUUGCCACAUUUCGAUAAUGGCAGCUGUGUUUGCACUUUGUUUUUGUUAACAUUUUAUUAUUUCUGUGAAAUCCUACAUUUAUUGUUACUCUAUAGACAAUGGAGGAGUGUGAUGGUGAUGUGCAGUGGCGUGCGUGAGAUUGUUGGAGACCGUGUUUGUGUUUCGUUGUUGAAAGUUGGAAUAUUGCUGUGAAUCUAGAUGGAAUCCUUUUAACUCACUGCUCAGUUUUCUUAUUCGUCCCUUUACUUUCUCAGAAAGGUGAAGCUUUUAUAGGAAGGAACAGAAUGUUCUUUGCCUCGUUGCUUUGAAGCACACUGUAUACCUAAAGCAGGUCAAAAAAAAGAAACCCAAGUCGAGCAAUGUAUUUGAAGGUAGCUAUAAUGAAUGUAGCUAUGACACAUUUGUUACAUGUAAGCAGAAUAUCAGAUCAGUUCAUUAUUAUUAAUGCAGAUGUUUUCCCUUUGCUGUUGGUGUACAUGCAGACUGUACAGUAACAGCCACUUAGAAGCAGGGUAACUACUUAUUUCCCCACAGCUGAAAUGCCAAACUUAGUUGCGAUUGCAUGAGCUGUCGUGCUGUUUUUCAUACUUUCCAUCUUUUCGUAAUUCGACCUUCCAGGUGGAAUUUCAGCAUUUCUGUGGUUAAACGUGGUCGCCCCUGUGUUCAGCUUUACCUGAGCGGACCUGUCACAGACCUGCAGUAACUUAGCAAAAACUAGACCGUGCAGUGAUGUGCCAAAGUCGAGUCCUUUUAUUUUUUUAAACAGUCCAGUCGCAGGAGUAUCUUGGCCAGGCCUAACUUCAUAGUAUGUCAAAGUGAAAACUCAAAUUGUAUAUGUGAUGUGUUUGUGGUCUUUGCGGAGAUCAGUAUUAAGAUUUCUGAGACAAAUUCACCAGUUAGCGCUCCACAUUUAGCCAAAUCUAAACAACAUUUCUAAGCGAUUACCAUUGUGUCCUUUACUGCAGCUUCACUGUGGUUGGAUGUGCACGUUACUGAAAGGGUUCAGUAUUGCAUAAGGCUAUGGAGGGAAUAUUACAAAUGAGUCCGUCUGACUCGGAGGGAGGGAAAAAAAAGGUUUUGACAGCCAAGUACUGACUCGCUUUGGAAAUAUGACUACAAGUGUAUGGAGUCUUGCCUGACGUCCAAGUCACUGCCCCCCGUGUGUCUGUGUAGGUGUGCUCUAUGUUCGAUGGUACUUCCUGAGUAGUGUUACGUGAAACCUUUGCAAUAGGAAACCUUUGGACAAAGGGCCUUCUCUAUGAGGUUGUUGCUUUUUAUAAAGUGAAGACUUAACAAGCUUUGAUAGGCUGGCUUUUUUUUUUUUGUAUUGUAUAUAAACAUGUACAAGAUAUACUAUUGUGAAUCACAAACUCCCCUCCCUCUUCCACUAAAUUGAAAGCACAAAUAGUAUACCUUUAUUUCUUGACAUAAAUGCCAAAUAUAUUUCCAGAACUCAUAACUAUGAAGUACAAUGCAAACACUAUUAGGUAUGUUUUCCUCAUAUACAUUUCCCUGAUGCACUUUCAUAUGGGUUUACACACAUUGUAGCUCAAAUUGGGACAUACUUUGGUUCUCAAGGUAAAGUGUUAGGUGUUACUUUUGAAAUUUAAACCACUACCUGUAGUCAGGAGAAGGCUCUUGAUUUCUUUUUUAACCAUAGGGAUGAUGUGUUACAUUGAUGGCUUUAAGUGCCAUGUUUGGUCUGAAAAACCCAUCAUGGCUCAUUUGUUACGUAACCUUUUUGCCACUAAAUGUUGAGGUCUGUUUUACAGCUUCCACCGCACGUGUCUGCCUGUGACUUGUACAGUCAAGUUAUUCCGUCUCCUGCUUUUUGAAGAGUUCACCCUCUUUCAAGUCAGGAGCGCAAACUGAACCUUAAAUAUUUCAGCAUUAAGUAUUAACAAUGGCAGAGUUAUUUGAGGGGAAUUUGUCAUGCGGGUUAGCUUUUCAUAUACUAAAUAACAAGUGUAUUUCAAUGUAUGUAACCUCAAGACUUUUUUUUUUUUUUUUUUUUUGCCCGAAAUCCAGAGGUAGCAUGGGGGCAUUAAACAAGGCUGGAUCAAUGAGCAGGCAUGCUCACUUUGCCACCGUGAUUUAGCACCGCAAACAUAAAAGAACGCAUCAUCAGCGUUGAUCCUUUUAUUCCUGGUCUAACUAAAGUUACAUCAUGCCAUCUCAUUGCUCCGGUUACUUGAAAUGCCACCCAGUGUCUUUGCACAAACCCUAUUUUAAAUGACAUGACAGUAUUUUUAAAUUUACCACUUAAAAAAAAUCUAAAAAAAAAAAAAUAAUAAAUAUGGGUUACUUCUGCAUGUUUUACUAUAGAUGUAAAUAUGUUUUGGAUUUUUAUAUUGUUUCUUUCCAUGCUCUCACAAGCAGUUGUGUUUAAUAAAAAUUUUUAAUCUUC